AUGAUGGAAGACAAGAAGGAGCACCCCCUCCUGACCAGGUUUCCAGAUGACGCCGAUUGGGAAGAGUUUGACAACCUGUCGUUACUCAGGCAGUGCCUAGUUCGCGGCAUUCCUAGCGAAGAAAUCAGCCGUGACAACAAGAUACUCCUUCUGCAAAAUUUCUCAAAGAAGCACGUCACCGAAAUCAGAAAGAUCCCCUGGCGCCGCAGUCCAAGCCGUUUUACUCGUGAAGAGAAAAGCUUGCGCUUAAACAAAGCUACUUACCAAAUAGCAAAGGCAAAGAACACGAGUAACGCAAACAAAACGGUGUUCUGGACAGAAUUUACCCUUUCCGAUGAGAAAGGAUCGACCUGUGUUGUUGCCUUCAAGGAGGUACCGUCCUGCACCUGUCCGUCGCAACCCACGUUGCUUCCGGCUGCCACCACUGAAGUAGCUGCCGUCACAGCUACCACCACUACCACAACUAUCACCCCGGGGGUACCUACACCGAAAGCGAAUAUUGUCCAUCAAUAUAUUGAGCGCAAAGAGAAAGAUGAUCAUGGCGUGAGCAGCUCGAGCUCAUUCAACAAACAAGCCGACAGAGACACCCGAGUCACCGACAAUUCCGGGGUCAACCAACGCCCUUCCCAUACUUCACAAUCGUCUUCAUUAUUAUCCUCCUCCUCAUCCAACAUUCCAACUCUUUCUCAAUCCAAUACCAACGAACAAGAGCUCCUGAUCUCUUCGCAUUCUCAACAAACCUCUACGUCUAAAGAUAUACUCCCUCAACUCAAGAGCCCAACUCCCGCAUCUGCUGUAUCCCUGCAAAGAAGCACGUCCGCUCCGCCCACAAGUAACUCGGAGCCUAUGCGUCUGGAACUGAAGCAGCAUAAGGCACAAGAGCGAGCAGAAAAGUCACCACGGGGUGUUUCUCAGGACUGUAAUCCGGCUCCGGCUAAGUCCUUGUCUUCUGUUCCUUCAGCUCACUAUCCAAACUCGAACGCCUCUGCUCCUCGCGCCAACACUCCUGAACAAGCCGGCCCGACACCGGUCCUCUCAGCUGAUGGCGUUGAUUCUCGCAAUGCUGCUGCUACCACUGCAGCUUUCACUGCACAGACCGCUACUCCUGUUUCUCCUGACGACAUUCCAGGUAAUGUCGGUUGUUCUUCGCCAGCUAGUGUCACGGAUGCCGAUGUUCACAGAAGGAAAGUAGCCAGGUUGGUACGGAAGUGCCGUCAUCUGGAAAGGAAAUCGGCUCGCAUUGGGAAGCACGUGAAACGAGGAAUGGAUAAGAUUGACAGAGAGUACAAGCUAGAGCUCAUGAUGCUCAAGGAGAAGCGCAAGAUCAAGUACAUAAGAAUUGAAAAGAAAUGGGAGCAUGAUCUGAAGGGACUCAAGCAUCAGAGAGAGAAGCUCGAAGAGAAGUUGAAGGAUCUGGACUGA